ACCGUACCGUCAAAGUGAAUUACUUCUAUUCAGGUUUCCGCUGCCAAGACAUCAUACACCAUAGAAGAUUUGGAGAUAGAUACCGGCUACAUUUUGAGAGUAUCUGCAGUGAACAAAUAUGGAACUGGAGAGCCAUCCUAUACGCCUGUGGUAACUACUGGAACACCAUACAAAGCCCCACAACUGACCGAACCGCCAAGAAUUUCUCAAGUAUCCCAAGAUUCCUGCGUAUUGUCUUGGUCGAAGCCAAUUGAUACUGGCGAGUCGCCAAUUUAUGGCUACGAUGUUUACAGAAAGGAGGACAAUGGCGAAUGGAUCCAGAUGAAUGAAGAGCUCCUGUUCAAAGAACAAUUUACGGUUACUGACCUUCGACCGAACGUCAGCUAUGUGUUUAAAGUGGAAGCUCAUAACGAAGCUGGUUUCAUCUCGGCAUCCAAUGUUGAAUCAGAACCACUUCGUAUCAAGGCAGCUCUGGAUCUUCCAACCACCAUCAUUUCCCCUCCACGGGUUAUCCCUACUGGACUGGAGAGUGUCACUGUCACCUGGGAUGUUGAUGAAAGUAUAGCAUACUCGGAGUAUGUGGUUUCAUACAAAUCCGAAAGUUCAUCAGUAUGGACUGAGGUCAAGUGCCAGACCAACACGUGUACGAUAAAUGAACUAAAAGAGGGCGUUUCCUAUGUCUUCAAAGUAGCUCCAGCCAACGAACAAGGCGCAGGAACGUUCUCGGAAGAGACUCAUCCAGUUAAAGUCACGCCCACAGUUGCUCCCGUUAUUACCAAAGCAAUCAAGAACGUGUCAAUUCCAAAGAAGCGCGCUUUGAAUCUUGAAUGUCAUGCGAAUGCUGAGCCAGCUCCCGACUACAUAUGGUACAAGGACGGAGUUGAGAUCAUUCCGCAGAAUGCUAAUACUGAGGUAAAUUUUGGUAUAACUCAUUAG